CUGUGUUUCCUUUCCUUCUUCUUCUUUAAUUAGUCUAAGGAUGUUUCCUUCCCGUUUAUACUGUUCUAUUCCAUCUUUUUCUUCUCCAUAAAGACUCACCCUAAUGACACCCUAAUUAUCGUAAUUUUGGCCCUACUGCGCAUUCUUCAAGUUGUCUCACCUGUCUUCCAUCAUUUUAGUAGAGAAAUCAAAAACAAAUUUGAACCGUACUUAGUCAUGAGUACUUAGUCAUGAGUUAGUCACAAAUCACCACAAAUCACGGUAUCGAAGUGCGAAGUGCGGUACAACAGUUGGUCUGAAAUUCAUUCUGUUAUUCGUGAAUGAGAAUAAAUAACGAGAGUGCAAUGAGUGCGAGUAUGAAGGAGGCAGUGCAUAAUUUGAGCAAUGUUGUGAACAACGAGCAUGUUCACGGGAAUGAAGAGACAGUCAUCUCUGAGGAGUCAUCAGCCAAGCAGAAGUUAAGGAGCUGGUUAAAUCGACAUCUACGUAUCGAAAUGACCGAUGGGAGGGUGUUGAGAGGAGCGUUCUUAUGUACGGAUCGUGAUGCCAAUGUUAUUUUGGGCUCGUGUACUGAAUAUUUGUCUACGGAGCACACGGAAGCGAGAGUCUUAGGCUUGGUGAUGGUGCCCGGUCGACAUAUUGUCUCGAUUCAUUUAGAUGUUUGAAGCAGCGCUGCUCUUACAAGUCUGUAAAUAUUCUCUUCCUACGUUUAUUUAUUAUAUUGACAUGUGUACUGUG